CUUGCUUUUCUGUAGAGAUCCUGAGCUUCCUAACCAAGCUUCAUUUGAGAGAAAUGGAAAUCAUUUCAACCCAGAAGUUUAUUCUUCUUACUUUGGCUACAGUGGCGUUUCUAACACCGCAUGGUGCGUGCCUAGAUGAACUAAUGAAAUCGAGCCUGGAAAGCAGAGAAGAUGAUGAUGAUAAAUAUUAUGAGAUUAAAGACAGUAUCUUGGAGGAAAAGCAGAGGAGCCUGAAUUUUGAAGAAAUGAAAGACUGGGGAUCAAAAAAUUUCAUGAAAGUGAACACCCCUACAGUAAACAAAGUGCCAAAUUCAGUUGCUAAUUUGCCUCUUAGAUUUGGAAGAAGCAAUCCAGAAGAAAGAAGCAUUAAGCCAAGUGCUUAUUUGCCUCUGAGAUUUGGAAGAGCUUUUGGAGAGAGCCUCUCUAGGCGUGCUCCAAAUUUAUCAAACAGGUCUGGGAGAUCUCCACUUGCUAGAAGUUCUAUUCAGUCCCUUCUAAAUCUGCCACAGAGAUUUGGGAAGUCAGUGCCCAUCAGUCUAUCUCAAGGCGUCCAGGAAUCUGAACCAGGGAUGUGAAUUCUAACAAUUACAUUUAAGUUAUCAAGUUAUGAAGAUGGAAACCGAAAGACCCAGAAAAGAUGCACCGUGUAUUCAAAACUAAAGAUCUUGAGAAGGGAAUGUAUAUGAGAACUGAAAUGCAAACCUGUGUCAUGUUAUUAUUAUAAUGUGUGUAUUCUGCACAAACAAUUGAUGUAUAAGGCAAUGAUAACUGUAGUGAAUGUUGUACCAGUUUACUUCAGUGGUGGUGUAGCACAAACUCUAUUUACUUUUGUGUGACUUCCGUGUGACUGAUAUCUUGUUGGAUGUAAAAACUAAUUUAAAAACAAUAGCUGUAGAAAUGAGAGCAUUUUAAGCAGAUUUAAAUGAAACAUCUUAGUACAAAUAAAGAAGCAUGAUACAAAUAAAAA